AUGACAACUCCACCGCAAUCCCCAACGCACCCCGCAGCGACAUACUCUGCGCCAUUUCUGGCACGCCGCAGCCACCUCCUCACGCAAAUCUCCUCUUCGCUCGAAGACACGCUGACACAAAUAAACUCGCUGAACCGCAGCUUGGAGGGCAUCAUUGAAAUCGGGAACGAGUUCGCUGCGGUGGAGGGACUAUGGUCUAGUUUCGAGACAUUCAUGGGAGAUCAAGGGCAAAGUCAGCCAGAGGGAAUGGACGGGAAGGACGAUGAGAAGGAAGUUGGACAGAGUCAUGGGGAUGGCAAAGGGAAGUAA